CCAUCGUCGACUCCUCGCUGCUCGGGCGGGUCCUGCCUCUCACUCCUCCGUCCUGCUGUUGUUGCUUCGGGCGUAUGAACCAUCUGCUGGAACCAGAUCUGCCCUCCUCUCAUCCCGAGUCAAAGACGUGAUUCAAACUCUCCCUUUUCGCCGUCGGCCCCUUUCGCCCGCCUCAGCCCUCGUCCGGAAACCCUCCUGGCUCCCUCGCACAGCUCCGGAACCGCCUUCAUUCUCGACGACGGCUCAAGACUCGUCGUCCUUUUUUCCCUCCGCAAACGCAAUCCCACUCCCAGCUUAGAUUUAACCGUGUGGCGGUGGUGUGUUCCUCGCGGUCUCGCUCCGCCAUCCAGCAGCAAACACUCCAAUACUACUUGUGGAGGUCUCUCACGUCGAAAGGUAAACUCCCCAGUUGGAGCUUCGAGAUAGGCCGUAUUGGCCCUGAUAAUUCUCAGAUUGGGACGACUGCCACUUGAACUUCCCAAAUUGACUGAGCGAAAGCUCUCCAGAAGAUUCCCUGACUCUUAAAACUCCUUUUGAGGGGAACAGCUAGAACAUCUUACUGGGGCUCUGUGCAACAGCACAGUAUUUUAAUCUUUGAUAAUAAGUACAUUAUUCUCAGCUCCAAGUAAUCUACCAGAUCCUUUGACUCCUCUCACUCCGUCUCAUACAUACCCUCGCAAUUCGAUCUUAUCUUCCCACACAACUCUCUUCUGACUUCACAUUCUGGAAUCAUUCUUAACACAGACCAAAAUUUACCCCAGAUUUCUCGGCAAAGAUGGCAUCGGGACCAGCCACUCAAUCUUUGAAGUGUGUUGUCACUGGUGACGGUGCAGUUGGGAAGACAUGUCUUUUGAUUUCGUACACAACUAAUGCCUUCCCUGGUGAAUACAUCCCAACUGUGUUUGAUAACUACUCUGCCAGUGUCAUGGUAGAUGGAAAGCCGAUUAGCCUUGGACUUUGGGAUACUGCAGGCCAAGAAGAUUAUGACAGGCUACGCCCUCUGUCGUAUCCUCAGACAGAUGUCUUCUUGAUCUGCUUUUCGAUCGUCAGCCCGCCAUCAUUUGAUAACGUGAAGGCCAAGUGGUACCCGGAAAUUGAACACCAUGCUCCCGGUGUCCCCAUCAUUCUUGUCGGCACCAAGCUUGACUUGAGGGAUGAUAAGGCCACGAAUGAAAACCUUCGUGCAAAGAAGAUGGAGCCGGUCAGCUAUGAGCAGGCUUUGGCGGUUGCAAAAGAAAUCAAGGCUCAGAAGUACCUGGAAUGCUCUGCUUUGACCCAGCGAAACUUAAAGAGCGUGUUUGAUGAGGCAAUUCGAGCGGUUCUCAAUCCUCGUCCUGUUGCGAAACCCAAAGCAAAGAGAUGCAGCAUCCUCUAAGAAGCGGCGGAUCUCUUUUUAACUACGAGCCACGUAAAAACUUCCACACCUAACGACUUCGAAUACCCGAAUUCUCCGAGUACUUAUGAUCCAGCGCGUGCUUGACAGCAGACCCAGUUUGCAUUCAGACCAACGUGCUUUUCUCUGUAUUUGAUACAAAUAUCUCUGAAGUCUAACGCAGCGAGCAUAUGUUUCCCUCAGUUGUUCAUACAUGUGGUCGAGCGUUGCAAUAUGUCAGAUACCCCAAGAUGAUUAGAGCACAUAUGAUCCAAGAUUCUCCCUGUUCUCGGUCAGAUGUAUUGUUCCCCGACACAAAGCCACUGACCAAGAAAGAAUGUAUUACUGAUCAUAAUUGGUGAACUCUGUGUCAUCUUGAAAGCAUACGGCCCUAAUUUUUAAAAUGACCUCCAUUUUCCUUGUUUUCCUUCAAACUGGGUUUCCCUCUCAAAGCUCAGCAUCAGUUUUCAUACCCUCUGAAUGUUCAUAUGGUUAUCGUCUUGUCGUUUAGUUGUUUGAUCCCUUUCCACUGUGAUAUUGUCUACUUCGUACAUGAUGUCUGAACCUCUCUCCUUGCUAGAUCCGAUGACCGGGCUAUUUCUGUAGCUGAAA